UUUAUUGUUUGGGUUUCAUUAAACCUGCGCGUUUUAUUUCGCAAAACGAAACAAAGAAGGUUCUAGAAAUGUUCCGAGUCCAUGUGAGGGUUCGGGUGGACGAAGCUUUAGCAUGGUGGCUAACCGAGCCGAACCGUUAGCGAGGACUUUGUUGUUUUCGCACCCGUAUUUCGACAAGCCCCGCCCUCGACUGCCGAGAUUGAAUGCCUUUGUUUACCGCGCGCCUUUUAGACGCACGAGGUAGCCAAUCACAACGCAGGAGGCGGGUCAACGGGAACCAACAUGGCGGUGGUGGGAGGCGGGAUGGUGUAGGAAUACAGAUGUGACAUGGCAGAAGACGUGUUUGAUAGACAAUUUGUAGGCAUCCUUUCACCUGCACACAGGAGAGUCGUAUGUGUCAUGAUUAUACGACUUUAGCACAGAGUUUCUGAGUCACCAUGGAGACUCCAACGGGAAGUGGUGCACCUAGUGGUGGCCAGUCGUCAGACACCAUCUCCCCUGAACCUCAGUCGCCCCAGACGCCUCCAGCAGGGAAGCUAAGGAAGACAGCCUUUAGAUUUUUUGGCGGUCGAAAGAGCAUCUGUAUGCUGCCAAGCUUUUUCGUAGGUAGAGCCAAGAGUCAAGGACGGUGGCCUUCUAAAAUGGGCGUGACCAAGAGUCAAACUUAUGACGGCCUGAGCAGAGCAUGCUGGGAAGACGGCGGUAGAGGUGGCGGAGUCGUGACUUCGGCGGAGUUCGAAUUCCACAACCCAAACGGCUCGAGCGACCUGAACAAACCACAGGAAAGUUUUGCGAAGUCGCAGUCCCUCCCACGGCAGAAACGAGGCCUCAGAGGUCUUUUCAGCAGCAUCAGGAAGCAUCGCAAAAGCAAAAAUAACGCUGAAGUGGAGAAAAACGAGAUGCUUGAAAUGUCCUCAGGUGAAAUAGUGCCUGGAAGGUUGACAAACAUCAGUUUUCAAGGUGAUAACGAUGGCAUCAAGAGUCACAGGGAUUUGUUAGAGCUGGACCUGCCUGCAGAAUCCAACAGCAGCGAAUUAACAAAACUGCCUGCUCCUGAAGCGGACACCUGCACAACGGAGGAAACAUCAGUGCCUGAGAAAAUAAGGAGCAAGGAGAAGGCUGGGGAGAAAGAGGAAGGAGAACAAUGUGGUGAUGAAUGCCUAGACGAGGCAGACAAGGUGAAGGAACGUAAGAAAAAAGGUCUUCUAACAUAUCGGCAGCCUCUGUCUGCAGACUCUGAGAUGGCACGACUCGGCGAACUGCACACAGACUUAGCCGAGGGUGACCCUCCUACCAUGUCCACUGACAACUUGAUCUUUGGAGACGUGUCAUCUCUGAAGAGUUUCGAUUCGUUGACUGGUUGCGGUGACAUCAUUGCAGACCAGGAUGACGUCAGUGUUGCGGAGAGUUCUGUGUCGGGCGAAAGAGGGAGUCGUAAUGCUGGAAAACGUAGCUCUUGCCUUGUUACGUACCAGGGAGGCGGAGAGGAGAUGGCAACUCCGGACGAAGUGGACAACGAGUACCUGAACAGCCUAUGGGAGUCGGAGGGCAGCGAGGUGUGCUAUCUCCCCUCGGAGCAGACCAUCAGCCCGUCAUCCACCCCUGAUCAGCCAACCAGCUCCUUCCAUGUCACUACCAGUACCAGUGGCAACACCAGCACUAGUCCUCUGGGGAUCACAGAAACAGUACUUACACCUACCGAUCUUAUGACUCCUCAGAGUGAGCAUCAGGGCUCAGUCCCGAACAGCGAUGAGGGUUACUAUGAUUCCACAACGCCUGGAGCUGACGAGGAAAUCUGUGAACGUCCACAGCAGGAAAGACUUCCACGGGACAGCUACAGUGGCGAUGCCCUUUACGAACUCUUCGAGCCCGACGAUCGAUUGAUCAGUCCGCCUUUACCUUCUAAAGACAAUCAAGGGUUGCUGAGUGGAAACAAAAGUAAAGGAGAUCUUCUUUAUGACUUAACAUCUGCUGCCUUGGAAUCUGGUGCCAUGGAGACGGAAGAGGAACGUCUGAGUAAGAUCCAACAUGCCUUGCUUUGUUGCGAUUUGCAGAACCUGAGAACCCCAUCCAAAGAUCCGUAUUGUAGCGAGCACUUAUACAGUGAUGCAAUCCCUCUUGAAGGGAAGUACAAGAUCUCAGAAGAGGAGGCACACCAUCAGUCUGGAUCCAGACCACAGCAAGGAUCCCAAGCCUUAAAAGAAGUUUUGCCUCUUAGCGGAAGUCAGGUGCAGCACAGAACCUUGUAUGGACCUACUGCCGAUUCAAGAUUAAGCACACAAGUCUCAAAGGCAGCAAACCUCGUCAAAGAUGCAGUACUGUAUUCCAAGCAGGAAAUGUGCCACGCUACAGAGGACGGCUCUUUACCUCCAACCAUAGGGUGUGGCCAAUCACAGGAGGAGCUGAUGGUCUGCUUCUCACAAGCAUUGGUUGAUUUUACAAAAAACACCAGACUUUAUCGCAACUCCACAGAGAGUCUGGAUGGCUCGGAAUCUAGCUCACCGUUCGGACCAAGCCUAAGUGCUCUUCCUGCCAUCGUCACUUUCGACGUAGUUGAUAUGGAGAAUGAGGGUGAGAGCGAACAGCCUGAGCUUGUAGAGGAAGAGGAAGAGUUGGAAUCCCCGUUUGAGGCGUUCGAAGACGACGGCUGCUACUUGCAGCAGGACGCUUUUGCCGAGUGCGACCAGAGAAUCUUUGACGCCUACGAGCAAAAUCUGUUGCUUAGCAAUGCCUGGGGGAUCACAAGCCUUCCUCGUCACCUUAGCCUGGGCCGUCCGUGCCCUCCGGUUCCUGCCCCUCUCUCUCACAACCGACGUAGCCGCUCUCUGGAUACGGAUAGUCUUGAGCUCCAGACAGGCGAGCUCUACGCGUCCCUCGUUUCUCAUGGCAACAAGUUUUUCCACUGCAGGAAAAACAGCGCAGAUGCAGGAUACCAAUGCGACGUGAGUCAACAAGGAAGGAACUGGAGACAGGGGUUGCAUGGUUGUGACUCUUCCCAGAAGGACGCCUCUAUGUCUCAGGAGCAACAUAAAUCCUUGCGUGGAUCCCCUUGGAUGGAAACCCCGUCGAGUUCUAGCUGUCAGCCAGCAGUUAGACCGUCACAUCUCCCCCUACAGACGGCUUAUCCUAAUAGCAGCGCAGCGCGAAUCCUGAAAAUCAACGCAGACAGAGACGUUCUGGGCGGCGCUCAGAGUGAUCAGUACACUUCUAAUCAUUGUUUGGGAGGACCGUGGAAGAAUCGACCAGUCGGUAUCACCCAGGGUAUACCUCAUCAUCGAUCUGACCAAUCAGAGGCAGCGAGAGCGACCAAGAAUCUGCAGACCGAGGUGGAGAUGGGAUUCUCCAAACGCAACACAUAAACCCCUUCAACACGAAGACAAAGUAACAGGUCACACAGCUGGAGGCCUACUGACCAUCAUGAAAUGUAUUUUUCUCACACUGUUACUGUUAUCUUCUCACACAUAAGCUAUAAUACAGUAACACUCAUUUUCUUUUUUGUUGUUUUUUUAUCCGCCAUGUUGUUUGGCAUUUAUGUAGCAGGUGUCUAUGAUUUAUAUUUGUGCAGAACCUUCGUUUUUGUCGUUUGCGAGGUUAUUUUUGUUUUGCCAGACAGAAAUACGACAGAAGACGAGAUGAUUCGUAAAGAAAAAUGAUACUGUGCUAGCAUGUUCAAGUUUCUGCUGCUAUUACCACAUACCACCGAUCACAAGUGUGUUUUUAAAACAAACAAACAAACAAGUCAGCAAAUGUCGGUAAACCCGUUUCAGAUUCCAAACACCUUUCAGAAACGUUUUCUGGUUUCCGUGCUACACUUCUCUUUUAGCAUUUUUCACACUUGUCUGGAGUUUUUGGUGAAUAAUGGUGAUGUUUAUGAACAAAAAAAAAAUCCCUUUGAAGUUUUUAUACGUUGAAGUCGGUUUCUUUGUUGUACUCGGAUAACUAUUUUCUAAUUUGUUUCAUGACAUUCCGAGAAAAAAAACAAAAACACUGCAGCUCAUCGUCUCAUUAUUUCUCAAAAAAAACCCACAAAAAAAAAAAAAAAAAAAAAAGAAAUCCACUUUUUCAUUUUCAGUGUUGGGCAGCUUUACAUAAUGCUUUUCAAGUGUGAUAAGAUCAAAACCCAGACGUCUGGGAGAUAAAAAAAAUCACUGCUAGCGUUUGUCUGGUUAUUCCAUAAAACACUGUGGAGCGUAAAUAUCCACUUAUCUCCUCACUAUUCUUUGCAACAUGGUGGUUUAGUCCGUUAUCAGGUGAAAACUCGUUUCGUACGUGUGAUCAGUUACAUUUUGUAGAUGUCUGUUGAAGAUUUCACCAAAUCAACAUCAUGCACUUUUUCACACCAGCUUUUUUUCCUCCAAAAAAAGAAAACCGGAUGAAUUCAUUGGUGACGACGUUUGAGGGUCACUUUCACACGUUUCCCUUUUGUUUCACAUUUGGUACAGUCUUUUAUUGUGAUCUGUAAAUGAGACGCUCACGUGAUCGUUCCGUGUGUGUACAUGAGCUCGUCAUGAGCACAAACACACGUUUAUAUUCUUUUUCUUUUAUAUAUGGAUGUAAACUCGAUGACGGUGAAUGUUUAAACAUCAAGUGUUUGUGGGAUUUAAGUAGCUGCCAAUCACCACCUUUUACCCAUACUGCCUCUGAGUGCUCACACACACACACACACACACACACACACACACACACACUGUCAACUGGAAAUAAACUCCAUCUCAAGUGAA